GUAAACAACAAUACAGCUAGCACCGGUGCGCCACGAACAAACUAUACGAAAUAGCAACGAAAUAAUUGUGUAAUUUCUUAGCAAAUAGCUUAAAAACUUCGAAAUAACAGAAACUAACACAAUGGCGGAUGAAGAAGAUCCUAAGGAAUAUCGCUGGGAGACAGGAUACGAGAAAACAUGGGAAGCAAUCAAGGAAGACGACGAUGGCCUUAUCGAGGGUUCCGUCUCGGACAUCAUCCAGAAAAACAAACGCAAGCGGCAAGCAAUGAAGCGUGGCUUCAGCAAGCUCGGCAUGAUGCGCCAUCUAUACGUGCUGCUCGAUUGUUCCGAGGCUAUGACCGUACCGGAUCUAAAACCAACCCGUUUUAUCUGUUCGCUUAAGUUGCUUGAACUUUUCAUUGAGGAGUUUUUCGAUCAGAAUCCUAUCUCCCAGCUUGGUGUGAUUGCAAUGAAAGCAAAGCGCGCGGAAAAGAUAUCUGAACUGGGUGGUAGCUCCCGAAAGCAUAUUAAGGCGGUACAUGCACUAAACACCGGGGUACAACUAGUCGGAGAACCAUCGCUUCAAAAUGGUUUGGAGCUAGCACUGAAGACGUUACGCAUGAUCCCACAACACGCCAGCAGGGAAAUUUUGAUCAUCAUGGGAAGUUUGACCAGCUGCGAUCCCAACGACGUUCAUCUGACUAUAGAAAAUCUUAAAACGGAAGGCGUACGAUGCUCCGUGCUUUCCCUGUCAGCUGAAAUUCGAAUCUGUAAGUUCCUGUGCACUGAAACUGGCGGGAUGUUCGGUGCUGUACUUGACGAUGCGCACUACAAGGAUCAACUGCUGCAGCACAUCGAUCCACCGCAGGCCGGUAAUCAACAGGAAUUUUCGCUAAUUAAAAUGGGUUUCCCACAUGGCAAGACAGAAUCAGGCAAGGAACCACCGUUGACGAUGUGCAUGUGCCACAUUGAUAGUGCAGAUGAACCGGCCAAGCUUACCUCGGGCGGCUACCAUUGCCCGCAGUGCUACAGCAAGUACUGUGAGCUGCCGGUGGAGUGUUCAGCAUGCGGUCUUACGUUGGCAUCGGCACCACAUCUUGCUCGCAGUUACCAUCAUCUGUUUCCCGUGCCACAUUUUAACGAACUACCGCUGGAGCAGGUACAGGUGCAGGAGCCACGAGAUCCACCGGUAACAAACUGUUACGCAUGCCAGAAAACGCUCUUGAUUGGUACGGAUAAAAUGGUGUAUGAGUGUGGCGCCUGCCAGCAAGUAUUUUGCAUCGAUUGUGAUAUUUUCAUUCAUGAAACAUUGCACUCGUGUGUUGGCUGUACGACUAUUCCGGCAUCGGCACAAAGCUUACAGGCACGUAAGCCAGUGCCGCCACCGCACAGUCUAUCCGUCAUUUAGGCGAACGAAGGCAAAAGCAUCGCGGUGAGUAAAUGUGUAUGUUUGAACGUGGUUCAGAAAGUUAUACCAAUAAGAAUCUUUAUAUUACGUACUAUUAUGAGAAGAAAUUUUUCCAAACACUAUUCUCCUUUGCGAAAUUGUCCUUGUGAAAUCCAUCCGAAAAAUAGAUACUAAAAUGUAGACAAUUGUUAUUUUCAAGUCACAGCAGAACUGUAAAAGUUUUCAACGAAAUGAUCAUUUUGCAGGAUUUGUUUUAAUCCGUGAUCCAGAAGCCAUAUCAUUUUUAUACCAGGGGUGAUCAAUCUUUUAAAGCUUCGGGCCACAUUCAAAAUCAAAAACUGGUUGGCGGGCCACAUUACAGGAUGCAUUGAUAUAAUAAUGAAUGUAGUAAAGCUGCUUUUAUCCGGACUGUUUCGGACUAGACGCAUUGCUGUAUACUUAAAAGGUGAAUUAGGAUUUAAAAUCCUGUUUUCCUUAUUUUUGAGUGUUGUAUUAACCGAAUAUUUUGCACUUUUAAUUCUUAAUGACAUUUGAUAUAACAUUUGCUAUUGGCUUUAAAACUUCGCGGGCCGCUUAAAACCACUUCGAGGGCCGCAUACGGUCCGUGGUGCUGAGGUUGCUCAUGCCUGAUUCAGACGAUUCUUUCUCUCUCCCUCUUCUUGGCAUAAUUUUUUUUUUUGUAAAAA